AGGAGUGGGCGGAGCUUCAUUGUAAUCUCCGGCUACAUUCACUUGACUCGAGAGGAGGAAAACACGACACUGACGGUCAUCUGUCAGCGCCGUUUGAGGGCAGGAUAAAAUCAGUUUUAAUCUUUUUUUCUCCUUUUGACUUUUCCUCACACAGUCACGUCAUGUCUUUCUGUCGGUUUUUCAGCAGUGAGGUCUAUAAGGAUCACUUCAAACCAGGUGAGCAGACGGUGGCUCUUGUUGCAGUUAGCAGUGAUGUGAUGUAACCUCCUUAUAGUCUGGAUUAUGGAGGAAAACAUGACUAUAUUAUUGUUAUUAUUGUGCUUUAAUUCACAUCAAAAACGACUAUUAGAUGAUGUGUAAUAUCUGUGGUAGAGUAUAUGGAGAGGAUAGGCGUUUCAUUGCAACACCUGUUUAUAGGCACUUCCAAAAGAGCAUUUAACCUUCACAAUUAUAAGUGACUCAAUUAAAAUGAACAUAGAAUAAAUUAUUAAAGAUUCUUAAGCAUAAUUUGAAGGCAUAUCUGGGCCACAAGCCCCAUCACCAGUAUGUACUCAGUAAUUUGAAUGCACUGGUAAGAAAAGUACUUUUUUUUUUUAAAUCAGGGAUAAACAUACAAAAUGAGUCCAGUCACAAUAACACAUUUGUGGCAAAGCAAACAAACAUGCCCAAUUAGACUAACAUACUCUCCCAUCUAUUAGACUUCCCUUCAUUUUAUAAUGUGUAAAGUAAGAACAUUUGAACAAUGGAUGUCACAUUUUCUCAUUUUUUCUCAAGAUCUACCAAUAUCAGUUUUCAAAUGUCCAAGUAGUUUAAUAGUUUGGUUAUUCAAACCAUUUAUCAGAGGUAUUUAGAGCAGUUCAGGUCUCUGUGCUCUUAUAAAUCUGAUCUAUUUUGACCAACGUCUCUUAAAUAUCUCCAACUGUUGUCUCAGAGUGAGUGUAAGAAAGUACUUUUUACUUAUUACUUGAAUAGAUAAACAGAUUCAUGGUUGUACUUCUACCUAACUAAAAUCCAUUCAUGUUACUGUAGUUUUACUUGAGAGGAAUAUUAAAGUACACUUGUCACCUAAAAUUAAUGUAAGCUAAUUUAUAGAGAAAUAGUUUUUUUUUCUUUUAAUUGGGUAUCUUUUCCUUACCGUCCCCCAUAGGUAUGUAUGUGUGCUCACAGUGUAACCACCCACUCUUCUCCAGCCGGUCAAAGUUUGCCCACUCGUCCCCCUGGCCAGCUUUCACUGAAACCAUCAGAGAGGACAGCGUCACCAAGAUGAUGGAGAGUCUCACUGCAUACAAGGUCACAAACUCAACUAAAGCUGCAUCAUUUCAUGAAGUAUUUGUUCUUCUUCUUUAAAGAAGACAUGGCAAGAUGAUGUGGCUGUGCUCCGUUUGUGCAGGUUCUGUGUGGAAAGUGUGGGAACGGUCUGGGUCAUGAGUUUGUAAAUGAUGGCCCAGAGGAAGGGAUGUCUCGAUUCUGAAUAUUCAGCCACUCGCUCAAGUUUGUCCCCAACAAAGGUAAGAGGAAAACAAACAUAAAUUAGGUUGUGAUGAUGGUGGCAGGAGACUUAAAUAGAUGAGAAACAAUUCCUUAAAUAGAUGAUAGGCAUGGCUAAAUAAAAACCCAAAUGAUGAGGAAAAUAUUGGGUCAUUGUGUAAGGGCUUGUUCUUGUUUAAUCCUGUUGUUUCAAAACUGAAGAUGGUGCAUAAAGCAAAUAUUACUUAGAAUACUGUGUUAGAUACUGUAGUGUUUGAGGACUGAUAACUGGAACAGUAAAUGUUCCAGACCCUGAUAGUGAUGUGUCAGAAAAGUUUCAUGAGGUGCUGUGCUGCUUCAUUUGGACCUACUUACCUAGUUUUACUUCACUGAAAAUGGUUUAGAAAAGUUAGCUGAAGUUGCCGUAAGCAACAUGAACUUUCUUAUGGAAAAAAAACCCUUCUCCUGCCACCUAGUAUCACUCCCUCAUGUGUAAACCUCUGAGGCAAGGAGAGGGAACGACCCAAGUACAUUCAUUUAAGCUUACAUGCUUACCUUUAGGAUUGGUUGUUUAAUUCGUCUCUUUGCACUUUUUAAAAAACUAAAUAUAAGCAGUUGCUCACAGACUUUUUUUGUUUAUUUUGCCAAACAUGUUUUCAAAGUGGUAGUGACUAUGUUCCUCUGUAAUUUCUGUCCUAGGCAAGGACAAACACUAAAGAGCGAGGUCCAGGUUUACCCUCCAACUGCUGCUCCAGUAUCUGCUGCUCGGUCCAGGAUCAGUCAGCAGUUUCAGGUCAGUGUGUGACGUGGGCAGGAGAAAAGGCCUGAGAGGGACGUCCUGUCUGCUGACAAAUCUUUGACCUGUUUGUGCUGCUGUGACAGGACCACGCUACACCUCUGCAAAAGUUACAUUCCUUAAAUACCUCAUAUUUAGAUGCAUACUUUCUAUAUGUGUAGAUUCAUAGGUUAAGCAUAGCUACAUUUGUCUUUCAGGAGGUAUCUGUCAUUUACUGCUGCUGCUGUCUAUUAGAUCCUGUUGAGUUAAAUAUCAAAAUGCUCAUCUACUCCAAUUACAUUCCAAAGAGUAAAUGUAACCAUGUUAUCUAUGCACUUACUAAGAAUGCCUGCAGUCUUGCAUUUAAAUGCAUGUUUAUUUUAAAAGUAUGCAAUAAUAAAUUCAACAGUCAUAUCAUUUCUCUCCCUCUUUGUCAUGUACUGUAUGUCAGUUUACUUGAAAAAAUACUUUAAGUCUGUCUUUCAGAACUUUUGGUUUGCUUUAAAAAGAAAUCCCAUUUGAGUUUAGAGCUCAGAGCAGUAAUAAGAUUUGAUGUCAAAUAUUUGAUGUUAUAAUUGUAAAGGUGCAUAUAUGAAAGACCAAAUAAAGGAAAUAGUUUGAUACAU